GAAGGUCUCCCCCCAAACCCCGCCCAUGAUUCUGAGGACCGGGCCGGCGUGACUGUACUGCUGCCGGACAGCAAUCCCUGACCUCGACCUCUAGAGGCUCUUCCGGAGAAAGGACGCGGAGACCCCGGGGACCUCGAGACUCGGUGGGCCCUACCCUACUCCCCUCGGUGGCGGCGCUGUGGCGCGCGACUGACAGGCGCAGCGAAAGGCAGCCCGCUGCUGGACCGAGAGCAGCGGAGGCCGGGCCGACCGGCUCGGGAGCAGGGGGCUGAGGCCGGGCUGCCGGGAGCGGGACGCUGCGGCUGGAAGCGUGCCUGGGAGGCAGGGACUCCGGGUGGAACAAGUCGCAGGAUGCCAAAGAAAGAUGUCUCCCGGGAAGAGGAGGGUUAAAGGAGGAAUCUCAGUCCCCAUGGAGGACUCACACCCUGAAGACACCAUGGAGCAACAGGAUUCACCCAAGGAGAGGAGGCCCAGCAGCCCAGGAGGCAAUGUCUGCCACCUAGGGGCCCCGCAGUGCACCCGCUGCCUCAUCACCUUCGCCGAUUCCAAGUUCCAGGAGCGUCACAUGAAGCGUGAGCACCCAGCGGACUUCGUGGCCCAGAAACUGCAGGGGGCUCUCUUCAUCUGCUUCACCUGCGCCCGCUCCUUCCCCUCCUCCAAGGCCCUGAUCAUCCACCAGCGCAGCCACGGUCCAGCAGCCAGGCCCUCCUUGCCAGGUGCACCCACCACUGCCCAGCCCACCUUCCCUUGUCCUGACUGUGGUAAGACCUUUGGGCAGGCUGCUUCUCUGAGGCGGCACCGCCAGGUGCACGAGGCCUGCACUGCCCCUGGUCCCUUUGCCUGUACGGAGUGUGGUCAGGACUUUGCCCAGGAAGCAGGGCUCCAUCAACACUACAUUCGACAUGCUCGGGGGGAGCUCUGAGUACAGCCUAAGCCCUUCACAGUAAUGCAGGCUCUGGCUGGUGGGACCUACCCAUGGUAAGGCACAGGUCUCCUGGGGGCUCUGGAGGGAUCUGCUUCCCACCCUGGGAAGGCCAAAAGGCUCUUGACAAGUAGGACCUGGAGGGCUGUCAUUUAGAUUUUCAGUCUUCGGAGGAUAUAGGGCCUUUAGGGAAACAGUGAAAUUGGAAAACCAUGAGAUCUUUUUAAGAAAAUGAGCAAGGAAAAAAAAAAAAAAGAAAGAAAAUGAGCAACAGAGAAGGAAAAAUUAUUCUCCCUCAUUCCCAGUUAAAUAACUAGCUGCAGAUUGUGUAAUCACCUUUAAUGUUUCCCAGAUGGAUGCCAUGGGCUGCAGGAGCAAAUUGCCCUGGAUCUGUGCCUGAGUAGGGGGCAGGGAAGGGAGGUAUUGCUGUUCUGCAAUGAGACUGGGUAAAUCCCAGACCUGGAGCAACAUGGGCCUCUGCUGGGCCUCUGCAGAUGGGGCAGCAAGGUGGGGGCCAGACCCCAGGUCCCAGAGGCUUUGCAGUUUAGGUCCUGUCUCCUCCCUGUCUGCCGGCCCUCCCCACUCAUACAGCAGCCAUGGCAUUGGCGGCACAAGUUCAUUUAAGUCCUAUUUAAAUAAUUUUGUGUACCAUUCUAGGAAUGGGAUUUUUUUUUUUUUUUUGUAUGUGUAGGGGAGACGGCAUGAAUAAGCUAACAGAAAUAGUAUCUAAAAACUAAACAUCCAUAUUAAAACGUCUAAACAGGGAGUUCUGGCUUUUGAGUGGGAAUUGCUAGAGAACAUAAGGAUGUGGGGAGGAGGGAGCUCAGGGCAGAGCUGGCCUAGUCCUGAAGGGAAACUAGUUUGGAGUCAAACAGAGAUGCCUUCUGUUUCUAUUUCAUUUGGCCAACUCUGGGAGCUUUCCCAUUAAGAUCUUAUUUUCAGUUCUCUUAAAAAGACCAGCACAGGACUUACGUUGUCAGCAUGGUCAGGGCAAAUGCCGCAAGCUGGAGCCAAGCAGGGAGUGUCACCCUCAGACUGGAGAUAAGUCCUGCCAGGCCCAUUUUCAUCUCUAACAUGACCUGCCUUGCCUCUGGAGACAAUAGCUGAUGCCCUGCAUUCAUUACUCAGGCCAUAUUUGAAUUGAGGGAUGUUUUUAAAACCCACAGGGAUAUGGGAGAAACUGAUAGCUAACUCAAUUUCUAGUUAGGCAUGUGGGAGUUAAAGACCACAUUUCCCAGACUCCCUUGCAGCUAGAUGUGGUCCUGUGGCCAAGUUCUAGCUAAAUUCCUAGGUAGAAGAGUCAAGCCUGAAAAAGGCAAGUGCCUUUCCUCUAACUGGAAUGUGGACAUGGUACCCAGUCACCUGGGACUGAGGACGAGCAGCAUGUGGGAGGGCAGAGCAACAACACAGCAGGAGCCUGGGUCAAUGGCCCAACUCACAGUACACUACCAUACCAGCCCCCACUCCGAUAACAUGUAAGAGAAACAACUCUCCAUCUUGUUGAAGCCACCAUUAUUUUGGGUCUGUUACAGGCAGCAGAAUUUCAAGCCUAAGGCAGGGGUCUGCAAACUAUGGCCAAAUCUAGCCAGCUGCUGCUUAGUUUUACAAAUAAAGGUUUUUUGGAACCCA